UUUUUUUUUUCAUAUUUACUACCAUUUUGAACAGCAAAGUAAUUUAAAUCUCAUGCUGUAUCUGGGAGGUUUUUUCAGGCGUGAUUUAUCAUUUCAGCGGUUUUAGUUUAAUGGUUUGGCAGGAAAAGGCUUAUUUUGUUCAUGAUAAAUCUUAAUCCAGUCACUAGUUCACACAAUGAGUCAAAUUAGGUAUACAAUAUUAUACCCGGCUAUUUUGGCCUUGCAAACCAUGAUUUUAGACAGCAUGGAAAGCUAUUCCCCCAUCACUGGAACUUGUUUUAGUAGACGAACCUUGAUUAGCGCCAUAGACACAUUAGCCACCCCAUAAAUGGCUAUUCUCCCUCAAGAUCCAGUACGUAUGUCAUGAAUGGAGGGGGUCGUCAACGCGUGACGCCAGCUAGGAUUUACUCCCUGUCCCUGUUGUGCUGCUAUUAAUUGCCCGUCCCAGCCCUUAAAAAAAACAAAAACAAAAAGGGAUGAAAGGGGCGUGAGCGCCGAGGCGGGAAAGGCCGGCACGAAAUUGACCAGGGCGUCCCCGCGGCUUUGCGACACAACGUUCGAUCUUCUCCCGCUGCGCCAAUCAACUACAAGCCAAGCCCGUCCGCCCGUUGCCUUGGUGGCCGCCAAAACUCAUUUUUGCCUUAUCCUCUAAUGGUGACGCCGACGGUAAAGUUUCUGCUCUAGAAGAACGUCGCAAUGUCGAGCAAAAUGGAGCAGUUUAGCUGGCUUUCACAAAGCACGAGAAACCGGAGUGACAUUUCAGGGAGCAGUUACAUAUCGCAAUCUCUCUACGACUCCAUAUCUUCGUUUCUCCGUGAAACUGAAAGUGACUCCAUUUUAAUUGAAGAAUCUCCUAAAGAAUCUGCCCCAGACAGGAUUUUAAACCAUUGCUUUAAACAGUAUAAACUCAGAAAUGAAUAUCCCUAUUAUUCCCUUAAAUUGAGAUCAAAUAGAUUUGGCCCGCCUAAAUCAAGACGGCGUAUUCAUAUUGCACCACCGAUGGACAGUGUGGCUCCUAGUAUUCACAAGCCUCGGCCACCUGUCCCCAGUGAAGCAGAGAAAGUUCAGGAGUUGAGAGCACCUCCAGAGGCCCAGGAGAGCAUCUCCACUGAGGAAAGUGACCUGCUAAAUAUGGAAGCUUGGAUUAAGGAGAGAAAACAACUGCGUAAUCUGUUGGAGAACAGUGUAAAUCUGGAGGAAUGGUUGACUGAAAAGAAGCCUCUCACUCAACAAGAAGAAAGCACCCUGAGGAAAUUAAAAGAAGAAAGACAAGCGGAGGAGGCUAAAAUUCAAGCCGAGUUGCUGGCUCUCCAAAGUGUUAAGACCGCACCAAAGAGUGAACCAGUGAAAACUACACCUCUUAUUCGGGCUCCGUAUCCACCAUCUAUUAUUACACUACAAAACCUCCUGCAUAAGCAAAAACUCAAGCUUGUGGAUCUCUUCAAAAAAGCUGACAGGAGCAGGACAAUGAAAUUCAAAAGAGUGGAUUUCCUUAGAAUUAUCCAGGAGACCAAGGUGCCGAUCAGUAAAAGUGACUUAGAAGAAAUCAUUGUCUUUCUCACCAUUUCAAAGAAAGGACAUAUUAUAACUGGUGCUGAUUUAGCUGAAUGUCAAAGAUUAUGGAUGGAUAAUAUAAGGGAUAACUGGAAACAGCCAAAGCAAGAGCCAUUGACGGUGGCAAAAUCUGCAUCCAUCACUGCAAAAGAAGAUAUAUUUUCUCAUGCCAAGUCCAGUAUAUCUUCUCAGGUAGCUGGUCAACCUAAGUUAAACCAUUUGCAAGUUCCUCCCAUCAACACUGAACCAGAUCGCAGGCACUUAACUUAUAACCAAAUGGAAAUAGUUGGGAAGAGAUACAAGGAAACCAGACGGCGGCUAAAGAGGAAGACGAGUCCAUUAGACUUUGCGGAAAAGUGCAGACUAGUGAGGUCUGGAGACCCAAUUGUCGAUAGUCACUGCUUGCCAAGCUCCCUAGAGGGUGAAAUGGGAGAAUUGGUGGACCAGCAUCGACUGGCAUGCCACUAUGUCUACUUUCAGUGUGUCAAGCUUUGCGAAGCUUAUGGAAUUCCAAUUUCAGAAAGAGCGCUAAAAAGAGGUCUGCUGUACCCAGGAGACAGGCUCCUGAGACUCGGAAAGGACACCCGGAAGUUGAGGCAACCAGGAGGAUAUAUUGACAAUGCUGUUUACCUGGGGGAAUCUGAGGGAGAACCUUUCAAGGUUGAGGAAAGAAAGCCAAAACCAAUUAAGAAACCAGUCAAAAAGCAAGUUCGGGCCUGCCGCUGGAAGUCAUUUAAGGAAUUUAAGAAACUGAUGUGUAAACACUCCAAAAGAAUACUACCCCCAUCGGAUAUUUGGAAUGAGAAAAUCCUUGGUGAGAAUUUGCCUGAGAGUCCAGAUGGGUUUGCAAAAAAAUACAUGGAAAGAGAACUGAGGAGAAUGUAUCACUACCUGAAUCCCUUGACCAACCCUAAUAAUUUCUGGCCGGGGCAUCUUCUUGAUAAGAUGCACUUGUAUCUACCUGAAUCAAGACAAGAUAGAAGUGAAGUUCUGUUCAGUCGUGUUUCUAACACCCGCCCGGUCAAUCCUGGUAUUAACGUUCCACGCCGCAACUGGCCAGUCAACAAGAAGGGAUACACGACCUUAGGGGAUCCGGAAUCUCGCAAACAUAACUAUUACAUUUGAUGGCAUUUUCGAAGAACUUGACCAAGAAAUCGGCUCCACUGGAUUAAUAGAGGGUCAUAGUCCCAUAUAUAUAUACAAUAUGACAAAAUUAUGGCCUAGUGAAAGGGGCUUUCAAUCAAUCAAUUUGUAUGUACUUUAAGCAUGUUGCGUAAAUGAAAUGUAGCACUUGAAAAUGCUACAGAUUUUCAAUGAAAUGUUCCAAAACCUG